AUGUUCCAGCCUCAACCAACACCUUUUGCGUUCCACGCCUCGGUACAACAUCCCUACUCUCAUCCUCAUCCCCACGCCCACGGGCAUUCGUACAUCCAACCCCAUGGCGGCCCGCCCCAGGACCACCCGUCUCAGAACAGCGUAGGCUAUGGCAUCAGCGCUGGUACAGCAGGGUUGGGAGACAUGAUGAUGAGGAAUGAUGAAGGAGGAAGAGGAGGAGGGGUAGGGAGGGUGGAGAUGAGGAUUAGGAUGGGCAUGUUGGGCGAUGGUGUCGGAGGUGCAUCUCACGACGUCGACAUUGGAGCAGGAAUGGCCGGUUCACACAACGGCUACUUGUUGUCGCCAGGAGAAGGGAGGGGGGGAGGAGGCCCUGGUUCCGAUUCCGAUCCUCGAAGUCAAGGCCAAGGUCCAAGUCAAGCUCACGGUCAAUUUGGAGCUGUUGGAACUGUUGGAGCUGGAGUUGGAGCUGGCGUGGGUUCCUCGUCGGGUGUGUCGUCGGUGGGACUGGACGGCAUGGGCAACCCCCUGGUGAUGGGCGGUGGUAGUGGUGGCGGCAGCGGCAGGCUAGGGCUGGGUAUGGGGAUGGGGAUGGGCAUGAGCAUGGGUAUGGUUCGGAUUCAGGUUGCUGGACUUGCACAUCAACAGCAAACGGCUUCUUGUGCCUCUCCUUCGUCUACCUCUCCUUCACCUGCCUCCCCGCCUCCUCUUGCUCCUCCUCCUCCUCCUCCUCCUCCUCCUCGUCUUCCUCCCACCGCAGCCGUCUCUGGCGUUCCCACCGCGGCUUCUUCUUUUUCUUUUUCUUCUUCUUCUUCUUCUGCUGCAGCAGCUGCAGCAGCAGCUGCUACUACGACUCCGGCUGCCCCCGGGGCAGCGUCUCCCACCUCCACAUCGUCUUCCUCCCGCUCCUUCUCCCGCUCCUCCCACCCCCAUUCCCGUUCGCCCUACUCCCACCACUUUUACUCCAACCACAACCACCACACUCCCCACGGCCACGGCCACGUCCAGCAACAACACCCUCACCGUCACCCCGGCGCCUCUUCUUCGACAACAUCCUCUUCUGCUUUUUACACCAACAACUCCCACGCCAACGCCAGCUUCGCAAAUACCGCCGCUCCUGACCACGCCAACGCAGUGAACACACGUCCUUCCGCCAUGGAACCCGGCGACCCCUCCGACGUUGCCGCCCAAGAAGCCGCCGCUCGGGAUUAUCAGCCACAGCUCGAGGGUUCAUUGGUGGGCGACAAGAUCACAAGCGACGCCAUAACCGACGAGUACGCCAAGGCCGACGACAUUUACAUUGCAAAGACCAUCAAUCUCCCCCAGACAUACUCUCACUACCGCCCGGUUCAAGGCGACGGAAAUUGCGGCUGGCGAGCCAUCGGCUUCUCCUAUUUUGAGCAUCUCAUCAACAAUGGCGAUCAGCACCAGAUCCUCGGCGAGGUCGCGCGCAUCACGAGUUUGAAUCAGUAUCUCCUCAACGUCGGCGGCUACGAUCGCAUGUUGUUUGAGGACAUGGUGGACGAGACGAUUGGUCUGCUAAAGGAUGUCGCUCAGCACGUUACCAACCCGCCGCUGGCCAUGGACAUAUUGGCCCAGCGCUUCAACGACCAGGGCUGCUCCAAUGCCAUUAUCUAUCACCUUAGACUUUUGGCGCUCUCCUGGCUCAAGGGAAACGUCGAGCUUUACGAACCCUUUAUUCCCGCCGAGACGGGUAUCAUCGGCUAUUGCGCCGAAAUCGAACGUCCCAACAGAGAGAUUGACCAUCUCGGCAUCAUUUUGCUCGUUCAGGUGCUGCUGAAACCCCUCAACUUUGUGCUGGAGAUUGCAUAUUUGGAUCGGAGUCCGGGAAACCAGGUCAACAUUUACCGCUUCCCUGACGAGGCCAAUGGUCAGGAUCCUGCUACGCUGGGCCCAAUCAUUUACUUGCUUUACCGGCCCGAUCAUUACGAUAUCCUGUACAAAUCGCCCCCAAACCCGGCACCCUUGACUCUCCAGGUUAACCGAGUUGGCUCAUUUUCUCACCCACAAGAGAUCACGAGCGUGGCCCCGUCUUUGCAUAGUUACGCGAACCUCGACUUCGGUCCCUUGGCCAUGCUGCCCGGAUUCGGUGGCCCGCCCUCGGGUUUGUCAUCGGGCUUAUCUUCACUCGGCUCACCCACAUCCACCUCCCCGCUGCCAGAUGCUUACGACCCUUCGCCUCAAUCACCUUGGCUCGCGACACCGUACUCUGAUCACAUUCAACAGCAGCAGCAGCAGCAGCAGCAGCAUCAGAACGUGGCGGCUUCUCGUCCGCAGUCUCAAGCGCCGGCUCGGCCGCAGCAGUCGACGCCCGCCCCCACGAAGCCGUCUCAACCCGUUGACUACCAGCUCAGAUUUAGCCACCAGUGCUGGCAUCUCAACAACACCAACUCUGCCCAACCGUCCGUGAUACCAGGUCAGGCAGGUUUCCAAGAGCCGAGCUUUACCACCGCAAUGUUCAAGAACAGCCAUUUCAACAAGGCGCAUUACAACAAUCCUCACUUUCAUCCCGAAGAGUGGACUCCUGACGAAGAUGGCCACCACGAGAGGCUGCCGGCGCCCAGGAAGAAGGGGAGGAUCAGAUCAGAUCACUAG